GACCGCAGUCGGAGAAUCACAGCAGCACGAACUCACUGCGCUCAUGGCACCAAGGAGAAUGGAGACCAAACCAGUGAUAACCUGCCUCAAAACACUCCUUAUCGUCUAUUCCUUCGUGUUCUGGAUCACGGGGGCGAUCCUGUUGGCAGUAGGACUAUGGGGCAAGUUCAUUUUGGGUCCGUAUAUCUCUCUGAUCGCUGAAAACUCCACCAAUGCCCCAUUUGUGCUUAUAGGAACUGGAACUACCAUCAUCGUGUUCGGACUGUUCGGGUGCUUCGCCACUUGCCGUGGGAGUCCAUGGAUGCUCAAACUGUAUGCCAUGUUCCUGUCUCUGGUUUUCCUGGCAGAACUGAUUGCUGGCAUCUCAGGCUUUGUUUUCCGUCAUGAGAUCAAAGGCACCUUUCUGAGGACGUACAAUGAGGCCGUGCAGAACUAUAAUGCUCAGGAUGAGCAAAGCAUUGCUGUGGAUAAUGUCCAGAGGAAUUUGCGUUGUUGUGGCGUUCUGAACUAUACUAGCUGGUUCUCCAGCAUUUAUUUCCCUGAGAACGGAAUUCCACCCAGCUGCUGUGCCAACAUCUCCGACUGCAACAACUCGGACCUGAGAAACGCCACCAUAGCAGUCACUAAAAUCCACCAACAGGGCUGCUAUGAACUAGUGACAUCUUUUAUUGAGACUAACAUGGGCAUUAUCGCUGGAGUAACGUUUGGAAUUGCGUUCUCGCAGCUGAUCGGGAUGCUGCUGGCCUGCUGUCUGUCACGAUUUAUCACUGCCAAUCAGUAUGAGAUGGUGUAGUAGUAUGGGCACAGGCGUAGACGACGUACGACACCUUGGAAAGGGAAAGCAACCCAACAAAUGAUCGCACAGUCCAUUCUUUAUCGUUUUCUCUUUCCCCUCUCUUUUUAUUGCCUCUUUUUCUUUAUCUUUAAGUCUGACUUUCUUGGCUUCUAUCUCUCUUAAUGCAUCAUUCCUAAAUCGUGCAGUUGUGCCAUGACUGAAGCCUCUCUUUUCGAAAAGGAAAUGGUUUUUAGACGCACUUCUCUGUCUAUAUUUUACUCUGUACAAAGCCUUGCAUGCAGAAACCAUCUCACACCAUAGACUAGAACUGAAAUCAACAGUAUUUCUAUGUCCUAACCAGCUGUGAAUGCAACAAGUGACAUUUCGUUGGCCGCUUGGUUUCCAUUUUUUGUUGUGUCUUGGCGGGUAGCCCCACCCACAGUGAAAUCUCAUUGGUACCUGAAUGUUAAACAACAGAUAUUUUCUGAUUGGUGGUGAUUUUGUUGCAUUGCGCAGAAUUGUUGCUUUCAUCAAGGACAGAAAAAUGACUUUAUGCACAAAGCUUAUCACGCCUGGUUAGGACACGGUAUUAAUUCGUUAUUUAUCCCGUGCUUUCUCAAGAUGCAAAACAAAAGAAUCUGUGUUUUUGUUCUAACCAGCCGAGAUAGCAACAAACAAUACGCAAUUGCCUGGGUUCUGCUUUUGUAGCAUUGAAUUGGGCACCCCCAUUCACAGUGAAAUCUUAUUGGUUUAAAAUCUAGCUUCUUAUAGUUGUAUAUUGCACAUCAAAAGUUCUGAUUGGCUGUUAUUUUGUGGCUUCGCACAACCUUUCAAUGUGGACUGAAAAAUUACUUGACACUUGAAACUUGUCGCGCCUGGUUGGGACACAGUGGUAAUUAUCCCCUAGAAAGUCGUUUCAAUGCACAUUUGUUAGUUACUUGUCUAAUGCUUUUUCGGGAGGAAAUCAAUUAAAGAAAGAACAAAACAAAAACAAAAAAAAAACAGAUGACAAGAUGUUGUUGCUGUUGUCAAAUAUUUGGCAAAGGUUUUUUCUCCAGAAAUGCCUUUUUUGUCUUCUUUAAUUUCAUUUUCUUCUCAAUAUCUCAACAUGAAAGUCUUGUUGAACUCUACAUAAUCAUGUGAAAAUCUCUCGGUAUAGUCGCACAAAAAGUGUAAAUUCUGUCAUGUCCCUGAAAGUAAAAAACGAGCAGCCUUCUUCCACAUACACAAGUGUCUGUACAGAACUUGUCAACAUUUAGACUGAAGUGUUAAGAUGUGCCCUAAAACUAGCAGAACUUUUUUGCCUAGAGUUCAGAGUACUAACUUAACACCGUUUAAUGGGCAAUUGUAUUUCUCAGUCUUUGGGUUAUAAUGACAAUUUUACAUUGUAUCUCACUCGUGGACUGUUGACACACUGUAUUUUCUCUUUUGUGUAGAGUUUGAUUGUAAGAAGCUAAUUACACUGGGCAUCUCUUUUAGCAUUUAUGGUUUUCACACUUUACAGUUCAGGGAGCAGGCAUUAUUUUCAGUUAUAUUUCAGUAUAUAGAAGUGGGUGAAUGUUUGCAUGAGAAGAUAAAGAGAAUUUUGGUAUGACAUAAUAUUUCUAAGAAAGGAUGGUAUAUUUUAAAAAAAGAGACCCUUUUAUCAAAACCAUUUAACAGCCGUUAGGCCUUAAAGAAACGUGGGUGGUUGAAAGUUUGACUGUAUUUCAAAUUUGGAAUGUAAAAGAGAUUUGUAAAAUUGUAAAAUGUACUACCCACUAAAAUUUCAUAACUGGAUUAUAGACAAAUGGAAAAACUCACAUAAAAUUUCAUUAAAAAGUAUUUGUCACAGCAGAGUGAUUGCACAGAUGGGGGGAACGACUCCAAAAAUCAGAUGCCGCGGUAUAAAAAACUGGAAAUCAGAAAUCGUAGAUUUUCUGAUGGUCCGAGUCAAUGAACUGAUCUGAAAACUCAGUGGCUUGCACUGAAUUGUGAAGUGUUUUGCCUGAAAUUUUUGUAAUCCUGAUUUCAGUCACAUGAGCCAGAGAGCUCUGUCAUUUGUUUUAUUUAUUAUUAAUUUAUUUUACAUAUGUGUUAGAAAUACUGCAGUCUUUGGCUUUCUGCUGACAUUAAUGUAAUUGUUUUGUGAGGUACUGUUUUAACGAAUUCUGACAAUUCCAUAUUUACAUGUGUCAGUGUGUUUUUUUUGUUGUGUUAUUUUGUAUGGUUUUCUCAUUGAUUAUUAAUUGUAUUAUCAUGUAGACUUAUAGAAUUAUUGUAUUAAUAUUUUAAACAAUCAUUUCUGCAGCUGCCCCUUGUGUUGAUGGAUCAUUAAGUAUUAGAGUCAAGAAUUCAUAGUCUGAACACGCGUGAUGAAUUACACAUCUCAAGAUUGACGAGUAGACUUAUUAUAUACUUUGUAUAAUAAAAUCAAUCUUUUUAAAAUGCAUCACCAGCUAGCAUGCCAACAAAAUGUAUGUUGUUAUUGUAAACAACCGUGCUCUCUAUGAAUAAAAUGGUUCUUCGUGGUUGCCAA